GGAGCGCGCCUUCUGCUGGUAAGGCGCCGGCGGCAGGAUGGCGGUGGCUCUGCCGAAGGUGCAGCGUCUGUCGGCUCGGGUGGUGCGGGUGUUGGGUUGUAACCCGGGCCCGAUGACUCUGCAGGGAACCAACACCUACCUGGUGGGGACUGGGCCCCGACGAUUCUUGAUUGAUACUGGCGAGCCAGGUGUGCCUGAAUACAUCACCUGUUUAAAAGAAACUUUGACCCAAUUGAGUGCCAGUAUUCAAGAAAUUCUGGUGACACACUGGCACAUAGAUCAUGUUGGAGGUAUACCAGAUGUAUUGAAGAAUGUUGAUGACGGUGGCGAUGUUCGCAUUAGCAAACUUUCACACCAACCACCUCAGAAAGAGACAGUCGGAAAAGGUGACAAUCAGUACGCAUAUCUAAAGGAUGGAGAUGUGUUGGAAACUGAGGGAGCCACACUAAGCUCCUGUGUGACUAUUUUGACUGUGAUCGAAUUUCUAGGCCAUUGCCUUAAGGUCAAAAGAAAAUUUGGGAUUGGAUGGAGAGAGCAGAGGGUUAUUUACACACCAGGACACACUAGUGAUCAUAUGGCAUUAUUACUACAAGAGGAAAAUGCUAUAUUUUCUGGAGACUGUGUUCUGGGAGAAGGGACAGCAGUCUUUGAGGACUUGUAUACUUAUAUGCUUUCUUUGGAAAAGCUGCUAAAUUUAAAAGCUGACUUAAUAUAUCCAGGACAUGGCCCAGUUGUGCAAGAUGCAUCUGAUAAAAUUAGGGAGUACAUAGCUCACAGAAACUUGAGGGAACAGCAGAUUUUAAAGGUUUUUCAGGAGCAUUCGGAGGAGUAUUUCACCUCAAUGGAACUUGUUAAAAGUGUUUAUCAGGAUACUCCACCACACUUACAUCAAGCAGCUGAAGUUAAUCUUACCCACCACCUGAAGAAGUUGGGAAAAGAAGGAAAAUUAACCCAAGAUGGUGCAACACAGAAAUGGAAAAGUAAUUUGUAAUGCUUCUCCGUCCUUUUGAAUGUAUAAAAUGGACUUGUAUAUCUUUUUUCAAAUAAGGUUGUGUGAAUUCUUAAAGAUUUGAUUUUGAAUUACAGGUAAUAUUCUGAUUUAAAAACAGAAAAUGCUCAGCAAAUGCCCUCUGUGGAGAGAAAAACAGAGUUAAUGUUUCAGGUUGAUGACCUUUCGUCAAAACUGUAUACUGUUUGUUGGUUUAGUAUCAAAGAAUCGAAAAUAAGUAUGCUGUAGAAGGGAUUGGGGUAGAAUUUCCACAGGCAUUCUGCGAUCAUCUGCUGUAGCUUCAGCAGUUAAACUAGAGUAAAUGAGUUUUCUCAGGAUUUUCACAGAAGUUAUAUGGGGAUCAAGAGAUCCCUAUUGGAAAUUCAGCCCCACUGUGGUUUUCUAAUAAUUCUAUUAGUGUCUUGAAUGUUGUAAUUUUGUAGUUUAUUAGAUGUCACUUUACAAGUGAUUAUAUUCAUUGAAAAUAAUUCUUAUAAACCUUCAAACUAGCAUCUAUGUAAUUAACAGUCUUUGUAUAAUGCAUCACACAUUGAAUCUGUAGGUGCCAUAUUAAAUGUACCUGUAGUAGAAAAACUCAGGUGUCACUUUUUUCUUAAUGGCUGAGCGAAGCAAUUUAUAGUACUGACUUACUGAAACAUCAAACUCAUAUAUAAAUUUCAACCAGUCAAAGCAUUGAAUUUAAUUUUUAAAGAGACACUAGUGUCAUUUUACUUCUAACCUUGAAGACAUGUAUAUACUUAUACAUAAUUAACAGUCAAUUUGCAAUUAUACAGCACUGUUAAAAUGUAUUUCAAUGUUUUACAAAGAAAACUCUCUUUGCACUAUGAGUUUUAAAGUAAUAAUUAUCAAAAUAACAUUAAAUAUAUUUAUCACACUGGUCAAAGGGAGUUGGAUUGCUGGAUGGUUAAAAAAAAAUUCACUCAGUGUAAUAAAAAUAUGCAGACAAGGUAAAGAUAAACUAUAAAAUGAGAGAAAACCAGGAAGAGGAAGUUUAGGGAAGCAGAAGAAAGAAAGCAAUGAGAAAGGGACUGAGAGGAGUCAAGGAGAAAAUAGAAGGAAAACAUUCUUUGUAAUAGGUGGAGAAAUUGAGAUCUAGUCUUCAGUGCCAAUUGUACGCAAACUGCCAGUUCUGGAAUAGUGCCACUGCUGUAUUAUUCAGAAAUGAGAAAUUUCUAUCUUUUGGCGGAAUUCCAACUUUUGGAUCACAGAAUUAAGCCCUUUUAAUUUUUUUUUCCGGACCUCUGCCUGGCCCAGGUCAACUGUCACUCAGCCUCUCUUUCCUUAAUCUGCUGCCAUCCCAGGCCCCAUUACUGAUGCAGCAACUCAGCCCCGACUCAUCUGCAACUCGCUGCUCAGCUUCAGGCUCCGGCUCUGAGCCCCGGAGUGGAAGAAUAAGAUUCCAGCCCUCAGCAGCAGUUGUCACUUUGCGCCAGCUCUGACUCAGCCUGCUGGGGCCUGAGCUCCCACCUCAUACUUACAAUUCUCUAUUUACUGAUAUAUUUUUAGAAUACAUUUUAACAUUUUGAGAUUUGCUCCCAAUAUGCUCUUUUUGCUUCCCAUAGCUGUCUGUUAACUUUCCUUAUUUUGUCAUCGUCUCUUAUUUUAUCAUUUAUAUCUUACCCACAGAGCCUAUAUGACCUCUCCAAUUUUAGUUUGAAUCAAAUCUUUUUAUCCACAUCAUCUUGAAAAUUGAAGUUUCCUUUUCUGAUAGUAUUUAUUCUGAAAAGAGUCUAGAAUAAAAACAAAAAAUUCUGGAAAUACUCAUUAGGUCAGGCAGCAUCUGUGGAGAGAAACAAAGUUGACAUUUCAGGUCAAUGACCUUUCAUCAGAACUGGGAAACAGAAAUAUAAUAUUUUAAGCAGUGAAAGGGGAGAAGGUUGGAAAAUGAACAAAAGAGAAGGUCCAUGAAGGGGUGGAAGACAGGAAAGAUUAAGUGACAAAAGGUUUUGUGGUACAAGGCCAAAGACAGUGGUAAUGGGACAAGUCAAGAAACAAAAGAUGUGUUUAGAGGAGGUGUGAAUGGUAAAAGGGUGAACAGCUCCUACCUGAAAGCAAAGAAAGUGAAAUAUAAGACAUUAAAACCAAAACCUGCAAAGGAAAGGAAAAUAAAAUGGAGUCAGAGGUAACAGUCUGAAAUUGUUGAACUCAGUGCUGAGUCUGGAAGGCUGUAAAGUGCCUAAUCAAAAGAUGAGGCGUUGUUCAUCAAUUUGAUGUUAAUCUUCAUUGGAACACUGCAGAAUGCCAUGGACAGAGAGGUUAGCAUGGGAGCAAGGUGGAGAAUUAAAAUGGGUGAUUCUGUGAUUCAGGCAGGUGUCUGGAAAGCUUGGAGUCACACUUGCUAAACUGAACAAAGAGGUCACCUGAUACGAGUUUGGUCUUCCUAGUACAGAGCACUAUGAGAAGCAAAUACACUAUACUGAAUUGAAAGAAGUAUAUUUAAAUCGCUGUUUUACUUGGAAGGAAUGUUUAGGGCCUUGGUUGUUGAGGAGAGAGUAAGUAAAAGAGCAGCUGUUUCAUCUCCUGCGUUUGCAUGGAAAGAUACAAUGGGAAGGGAAUGGGAUGUUUUGGGUAAUUGAGAAGAGGACCAGGAUGUCACAGAGGGAAUGGUUCCUUGAGAAUGCUGAAAGGGGAGAGGAAGAUGUGUUUGAUGAUGGUAUCACACUGGAAAUGGUGGAAAUGUUGGGAGAUGAUCCAUGGAUCAUCCACGGAGACUCAUGGAGUGGAAGGAGAAUCCUAUUAUGGUUCUGAGAGGAAGAGUAAGGAGGGGUAAGAGCAGGAAUGUGGGAAAUGGAACGGGCGUGGUCGAAGGUGCUAUCAAUCACAGUAUGGGGAGUGCUCGAUUGAGGAGAAAGGAAGACAUAUCAGAAGUGCUGGUAUGGAAGAUUACAUAAUCAGAACAACUGGGGACAGAGAAACAGAAAAUGGAAUAGAGUCCUUAUGGGAAGUGAGGUAGGAGGAAGUGUAGUCGAGUAGUUGUAGAAGUCACAGGGCUUAUAUUGAAUAUUUGUUCAUAGCCUUUCUUCAGAAAUAGAGACAAAGGAGUUGAGGAAGGGAAUAGAAGAAUCAGAGAUGAAGCUGAGAGAAGGGUGGAAAUCGGAAGCAAAGUUAAUUAAAUUUUCCAGUUCACGAUAAGAGCAGGACAUGGCACCAACACAAACCUUAAUGUACCAUAAAAGGGAUGAGGCACCCCAGGUUUGACUGGAGCAAGGAAUCUUCCACAUAUCUCACAAAAAGGCAGGCACAGCUAGGACCAAUGCAAGUAUCCAUAGCAACACCUUUAUUUGAAGGAAGUGAGUGGAGUUAAAGGAGAAGUUGUUUAUUGUGAGAACAAGUUCAAUGAGGUGGAGGAGGGUGAUGGUGGAUGGAGUUUGGUUGGUUCUUCAUUCAAGAAAAAAGUGCCCUCAGAACAUCCUGUUGGGGGGGGGUUGAGAUUUAGAGCUAUUGGACAUCCAUGAUGAAUAGGAGACAGGGAAACUGUUAAAGUGAUGGGGAGGCAUUGGAAGAGUCGUUGGUGUAGCUGGGAAGAGACAGGACAAGGGGAGAAAAAGAAUUGAGUUGGGAAAGGUAGAAAUUAAUUCAGUACAGCAGGAAUAGUCUGAAACAAUAGUCUACCAAAAGGCCUGUUUCUGUACGGCAGAUUUGAUGUAAUUCUAUGUAUUGUAAUGUUACUAGAUCUCAGUAUAAUAGUAGUGUUAUCUGUCAGUGCACGAAGCUGGAAAUUCAGUAUACAGGAUGUCUGCAGUUGUUAUUUUUAGAAACAUUUGCAAGAUGCAAUUCUGAGAACUUGCAGCAGCUCAGUGGCUUUCUUUUUGCUCAAGUGUAAGCCUAUAGCAACAGACAAUUUGAAUAUGAGAGCAUUAUAGCCUAAUAUGAACCCAACCUAAUAUUUCCCUAACAGCAGAGGUCUGAAACCAUUUGAACCCCCAACUAAGGUCAACUAAUUUAUCAUAGAGAGAGAACUGAAUGAGAUCUAAUUGUGUCUUGCGUUUCACAGCUAAGCAUUAAGGGCCAAUAAUUGUCAUGUUCUAAAGCUAAUCACUGUAGACUCACAAGGUGGCUCACCACCAUUUUUUCACAGGAAAUUAGAGAUGGGCAAUAAAUGCUGACGUUGCUAGCAAUGCUCUAAUCCUAGAAAUGAUUAAAAAAGACUUGAGGGUAAAUUUUCUGAAUCUUCACCUCACUGCCCAUUUCCCUAUAUCUACUAGUGAUUAGCAAAGACUCAGAAUAAUAUCUGCCACCUUGUGUGAAAAUAGUUCCAUUCUAAAAUCUGUUAUUAGCAAUGGGUAACAAAUCCUGAUCCCAUGGAAGAAUGCAUUUUUGAAAAUUAUACCUAUGAAUUUAUCCCCUUUCAUUUCUGUGUAGAUGACGUCAUUUGUGAUCUGGAGGAUGGGAUUGAUUUAAAACCAAGUGAACAUCAGGUGGGGAAGUGCAACACCUGCCUGAUUCUUUGCAUGAAGUCUGACCCAUUUUAAUGGCAAGCCUACAUUUAUAUUUGGUCAGUGAGCUGUAAGUGCUGAUUCAGGUCACAAGCAGCUUGCUGAUCAAAGUGGAUGAAAAAUCAAGCAGUUCUGACAUGAAGGCAAUCCAAAGCUUUUAUCUAAUGUUGGGGUGGGAUUUUUUGGUGGGCCAGGAGCAAUAAUCAUGCUUCCUCUGACCGCAGAAAAAUCUUUUUUUUUAAAAAACAAACUUGAUGGUUUGAACAGCAGCCUCCAGUGGGUCGUUUAAGAAUCGCUGAUUGAGCAGCUCAAUGCAAGGUGCCAAUGGAAUGGAGCUGUUUCCUAUUGGUAAUUCAAAAUUGUUUCAAACUCCUACAUAAGGCACUUGGCUCUGAUUUAGAAUUAGGCUCCUGCCUGAUGCUUAAGACAUCCAUGAAGAGGCCUCUGAGAAAAUGACAGCAUGUAGGACCGGAACAGUAAAUUUACCCCCACAGUUUUGUAGGCACUAUUACCCUGCUCCUGCUAAGUGACAGGAGUUAAAAUCUACCCCACAAGUGUUAUGGCUACAAAUAACAUCUGAUCAGUGCAUCAAUAACUGAGGCUAAGGAAACUGCUUAGUGAUACCAGUUUGCCACUUUGUCAUGUGAAGUGAGUAUAUGUUUUUACUUAUUUCCAAUAUAAUUUUUGCAUACUUAAGAAAUCAACACUGCACUUUUCCUGCCAUUUUCUGGUUUCUGCUUGUGCUAAAGUCAAAAUAACCAUAUUAUUAUCUUAAUAUUUCUGCUAGAGAAAGCAGUGUUUUAGCUUCUCAACAAGGUUUUUUUGAUUCACCAGUUAAUUUACUACAUAAAAUAAUUAGUGCAAAUACUGCUCCCCUCCAUCCUUACUCCUCUUCUAAAGAUAAAAAUUAUGCUGGGAGGAAACCUUUUGCUACCUCAAUCCAUCAUUGAUAAUAAGCAUCAGCAUGCUGAUUUACAUAGAAUCACAUAGCAAAUACAACACAGGAACAGGCCAUUCAGCCCAACCUACCUAUGAUGUGAUUUAUCCUCCAGAUAGUAGUCCUAAUCAUGAUGAAAUCGGUUCUUGAAGUUUGAUGAAAGUAUAGUGUGUCACGCACAAUGAGAAUUAUCCCUUGUCUCAGUAUUACCACUGCUUGUGUCCAGAGAAAAGGUUAUAAUCCCUCAGAUGCAGUACAACUCAGUUUCUGAACUUGCUUGUGUCCUUCACUUAGAAGAACUGUUAACAGGAGUUUGAUUUAUGGAUGAGGAUAUGUACUUGUGGUGAGACUUGCUGACUGAUUAUUUUAAUACUUUAGAAUAGUUUGUAAUACACAUUUUAGUUAAAAUCAGACCUCUGUGACAGGGUAAUUUUCUUUUUAUUGUUAUUCAUUUAUAUGUAAUUUUUUAACAAAUGAGCAAUGUAGCUAAAAUGAAUUUCACUAUGGAUGGACAAUAAAGUGAAAAUUGAAAUUGA